AUGGGAGGGACAUGGGAGGGAUCGACGAAAUUCGAUCAAACUGAGAAUUCAUUUCGGACGCAGCGAUUUAUUGCCGCGGGGUUACAACUUAAGUCGGCGAUAACCUGCGAAUGGCGAACGUCGCACCCGCGGUCCUCCCCGCCUCGCGCCUCGCUCGCUAGUCGAGCACGACACCGCACGACGUACGGACGUCCGUUGUCUGCGCCGAGGUUCGAACGCUCACUUUUGGCGGGUUUUCGCACGGACGCGGCCGAACGUGACGUGACUCGGAAUGCGCGCAUGUUGUCAACCCGCCCGAAGCGCCGUCGCAGUGAAAUCUGUGACGAACAUUUGGAUUGCAGUGCUGGAUCCGUGGAUGGAGUAGUGCUGGCUUCUCGUGUCUAA